GGAGAGACACCCCAAGUCUGUCCUCGAUGCCGUCAGCCUUGGCCAUCUUCACUUGUCGCCCGAACUCACACCCGUUUCAGGAGCGUCAUGUCUACCUGGACGAGCCUAUUAAAAUCGGCCGCUCGGUGGCCCGCUGUCGACCAGCGCAGAAUAAUGCUACCUUUGAUUGCAAAGUGCUGUCAAGGAACCAUGCUCUCGUCUGGUUUGAUCACAAGACGGGCAAGUUUUAUCUCCAAGACACUAAAAGUAGUAAUGGUACCUUUAUAAAUAGUCAGAGAUUGAGUCGAGGCUCUGAAGAAAGUCCACCAUGUGAAAUUCUUUCCGGUGACAUUAUCCAGUUUGGGGUAGAUGUGACGGAGAACACACGGAAAGGUACGGUUACCCAUGGGUGUAUUGUUUCCACAAUAAAACUUUUUCUACCAGAUGGUAUGGAAGCCCGGCUCCGCUCAGAUGUCAUCCAUGCUCCAUUACCAAGUCCUGUUGACAAAGUUGCUGCUAACACUCCAAGUAUGUACUCUCAGGAACUAUUCCAGCUUUCUCAGUAUCUUCAGGAAGCCUUACAUCGGGAACAGAUGUUGGAACAGAAGUUAGCCACGCUUCAGCGGCUACUAGCCAUCACCCAAGAGGCUUCAGAUACCAGUUGGCAGGCUUUAAUAGAUGAAGAUAGACUCUUAUCACGGUUAGAGGUUAUGGGAAACCAAUUACAGGCUUGCUCCAAAAAUCAAACAGAAGAUAGUUUACGGAAGGAACUUAUAGCAUUACAGGAGGAUAAACACAACUAUGAGACGACAGCCAAAGAGUCCCUGAGGCGGGUUCUUCAGGAGAAAAUUGAAGUGGUUAGAAAACUUUCAGAAGUUGAGCGAAGUCUGAGUAAUACUGAAGAUGAAUGUACCCACCUGAAAGAAAUGAAUGAACGGACUCAGGAAGAAUUAAGAGAAUUAGCCAAUAAAUAUAAUGGAGCAGUUAAUGAGAUUAAAGAUUUAUCUGAUAAAUUAAAGGUAGCAGAGGGAAAACAAGAGGAAAUCCAACAAAAGGGACAAGCUGAGAAAAAAGAAUUACAACAUAAAAUAGAUGAAAUGGAAGAAAAAGAACAGGAGCUCCAGGCAAAAAUAGAAGCUUUGCAAGCUGAUAAUGACUUCACCAAUGAAAGGCUAACAGCUUUACAAGUACGGUUAGAACAUCUUCAAGAGAAAACUCUUAAAGAAUGCAGCAGCUUAGGGAUACAAGUUGAUGACUUCUUACCUAAAAUAAAUGGGAGCACAGAAAAAGAGCACUUGCUUUCAAAGAGUGGCGGGGACUGCACUUUUAUUCAUCAAUUCAUAGAAUGCCAGAAGAAGCUGAUCGUCGAGGGGCAUCUAACCAAAGUGGUAGAAGAAACAAAGCUUUCAAAAGGUUCGUUUUCUGUGGGUUUCUGUGGCAUUUUUCUGUGGGUUUUGACGACUCUUUUGGAUAAUGAAGAGAACCAGGCAAGAGCAAAGGAAUCUGAUUUAUCAGAUACUCUGAGUCCAAGCAAGGAGAAAAGUAGUGACGACACUACAGACGCCCAAAUGGAUGAGCAAGACCUAAAUGAACCCUUUGCUAAAGUGUCCCUAUUAAAAGAUGACUUGCAGGGUGCACAGUCAGAAACUGAGGCAAAACAAGAAAUUCAGCAUCUUCGGAAGGAAUUGAUUGAAGCCCAGGAACUAGCUAGAGCAAGUAAACAAAAAUGCUUUGAACUUCAAGCUCUUUUGGAAGAAGAAAGAAAAGCCUAUCGAAAUCAAGUUGAGGAAUCCAGUAAACAAAUACAGGUUCUUCAAGCCCAACUGCAGAGGUUACACAUCAAUAUUGAGAAUCUCCGGGAGGAGAAGGACAGUGAAAUCACAAGCACUCGAGAUGAAUUGCUUAGUGCCCGAGAUGAAAUUUUACUCCUUCAUCAAGCAGCAGAAAAGGCUGCCUCUGAGCGGGACACUGACAUUGCUUCUCUACAAGAAGAGCUUAAGAAAGUGCGAGCCGAGCUUGAGCGGUGGCGGAAAGCAGCAUCUGAAUAUGAGAAAGAAAUAAUGAGUUUGCAAAAUACUUUUCAGCUUCGAUGUCAGCAGUGUGAGGACCAGCAGAGAGAAGAAGCAAUGAGGCUACAAGGUGAACUAGAGAAGUUGAGAAAGGAAUGGAAUGUAUUGGAAGCCGAAUGCCGUUCUCUAAAAAAGGAAAAUGUUUUGCUAUCAUCAGAACUGCAGCGGCAAGAAAAAGAAUUGCACAAUUCUCAGAAGCAGAGUUUAGAGCUUACCAGUGAUCUCAGCAUCCUGCAGAUGACUAGGAAAGAGCUUGAGAAUCAAGUGGGAUCCUUGAAAGAACAGCAUCUUCGGGAUUCAGCUGAUUUAAAAACUCUUCUCAGUAAGGCUGAAAACCAAGCAAAGGAUGUACAGAAAGAGUAUGAAAAGACACAGACUGUACUCUCAGAACUGAAGUUGAAGUUUGAAAUGACUGAGCAGGAAAAACAAUCAAUCACAGAUGAGCUCAAACAAUGUAAAGACAACCUGAAGCUGCUCCGAGAGAAAGGAAAUAAUCCUUCCAUAUUACAACCCGUCCCAGCCGUAUUCAUCGGCCUAUUCCUGGCUUUCCUGUUUUGGUGUUUCGGUCCAUUGUGGUAGAGAAAGAAACCCUGGCCCUGGAUGCCCAUGUUGGCUGCCCUGGUUGCGGUGACAGCCAUCGUGCUGUACGUGCCAGGUCUGGCCAGAGCUUCUCCAUGAGAGCGUUUCUUGAGUCCGUACACCGUCCUCCCUCUAGAAGCUGGCACCACACUCAUGCUGGGGACAAACAGAACCAUUUUCUUCCUUUUUACCUCUUAAAACAGCAGAAGUGCAAGAAUACAGCUGUAGGGUCAUUGCUUUAAAUUAUAUAAAAUGUAUCUGUCUAUAAAGAGGAUAUAAAAUUGUGACUUUAUUCUACUGUAAGCAAUAAUUUGCUUGCAAUUUUUCAUGUAAUUUUUAAAUUAGUAUGUUGAAAUUCUGAAUAUUAUGGUGGCCUAAAGUAGGCUUCUUGGUACACCAAAUUAUUUAUAACAUUAAAUUUAUGGGUAUUUUACUCUGAAUUCUAAUGGCCAGAUAAUUCAUUUUUUUGAUUCGAUAACUACCCAAACCAAACAACUGAUACAUACAUGGGAAGAGAGGCCCUGUGUGCUCAGUGCCUAUCAGUUUGAAUAUAUACACAUAUAUAUAUAUAUUUUUUACAUAUUUACGCCAUUUUUACUUGUUAUAAAACCACUGAGCUAUUGGGAACAAGACUUAGAGACAACUAUUUGCGUGGAUUUUUUUUUUUUUUUAAGGAGAAAUACACUUGGAAAAUACUCUGUUCUAGUGAUAAUUUGGGGAAUAUGUGCACGUUUGUUCAGCCUUAAUGUGACUUGACGAUGUGGAGGACAUCAACUUUGAAAAACUUUCCAUGAGAGUGUGUAUUUUCUUGAGCAAACUGAAGUAUUUCUGGGAGCAAAAACAUAGUAAUUAUACAGUUUCAGUGCAGUAAACCAAACUGUUGAGUCAAUUGGAAUGUAAUUUAUUAAACCUCAUGUAUUUAAAGAGAUAUUUUCUUUAAAAGCCAAGUUACUUUCUCAUACACAGCAUUUUAGGAAGCAUGACUUUUUUUUUUCCUAUCAUCUCUUCCUCCAAGCAUGUUUAAUUGAAGAAAGAGAAUUAAUAUCUCUUUAGAUAAGCUUUUACUGACUUAAUUUGGUUAAUGAUAUUUCAAAGCUAAUUCAUAUUCGAGGGGAGCAGUUGUUACCUACCAACAGAUUUCCUGGUUGGGGAGGCAAAUGGUUAUUUUCUUUUUAUUGUUGUUAAUUGGGACGUUCUGUUAAUGAGAAGCACUAUUCCCAAGAUUAAUAGUGUUCCAUGCACAGUAAAGCACCUAAACACUGCUUGAUGUUACAAAUUUAAAACACGGAAGUGAAGGUUUAGCUAUGGUUUUUGUGCGGCACCACAGUUAUGUCAAUGAAGUUUAUUUAGGUCGUAGAAUAUCCUAAAGUAUCACAUAGUUAAAUUUUUCAGUCAAUGAAAACUGGGAGGGAAUGUCAGUGAAUUGGCUUGAGUGUUCUGUGGCAAUCCACAGGCCUGGCCAAAUAUUGAAAUAGAAGUUUAGGAUAUAAUUUGCCUUGUGAUGUUUGGCAGUCAUUGUUUAUACUUUAAAGGUUGUAUUUUAAGCCAUUUGGGGUUUGCUGUUGGGAGGAUCACUAGAUUUAUGGAGGAAUUAGUCACAAAUGACUUGUAGAAAAUACUGUCAUAUAGUUCAUUUCAUCAUUUUCUGUUGCAGGAAGCCACUCCACCACAGAAUGCUAAUAUGCCAGUGGUACCCAGUACCUCCUGUAUAUAGGUUAUUGCAAAUAUUGUUCUGAAAUGCUUAACUUCAGAAUUACAUUUUUUAAAGUAAAUAAUUGUUUUAAAUCUAUUUUGUAAAGAUAUAAAGUACAAUAGAAUUUCUGGAGUACAGAUUAAACUAUUUGCACUAACACACGUGAUGUGCAUGAUUUAAUAAAAUAACUUUACUCUCCCUAUGCA